CCCCAUCUAAAGAAUAACUCCUUAUUUUAAGUUCCACCGAGUAAUCAACAAUUUAUGCUCCUUUUCACUCUCUCGUUCACUCUCUCGUUUCUUUUUCGGUUUUCCUCUUCUUGCUUCCUCAUACAUGUACAAAGCUUUCUUUGCAUUCUGCAUACUAUACGGGUGUUGUACUGAGUUAGCAGUAGUUGUACUCGCACAACAACAGCAGCAGCAGCAGCAGCAACCUACAAAUGAUCAGUCACCACACUCCACGACUACAGCAGCUAUCAGCACACCAGAGCAUACAUCUGCAACAGCUUCAGCAACACCGACACCGACUCCUCUGACUUCUAGCAGUAGCGACGAUGAUGAACAGCACGGUUUCAAUUCUUCACAAUCGACUACAACAACCUCGGUAUUGACGCAUCUCUCGAUGCCCUCACGUGCUGCUAGUUCUUCCACAUUAUCCAGUUUCCAUCCGUCACCAUCAGCACCGUAUCCGGAUGAUUCUGUUGGCAAAUAUGGUCCAUUGCAUGUUUCUGGCGCAAACAGCCCCAGCAUAUUUUACCAGGGCAUUGUUGCUCUGAUCCUUCUCGUCUCUUCUACGUUUUUGCUCGUGUCAAAAUUGUGAUCUCUCUUUCUUUUUUUUAAUCUAACCCUCAAACUCCCUUUUGGCAUAUUCUUCUUUCCCGCAUUCAGAAUCUUCCCCCCACCCCACGCAGCUCCUCUUCUUAGCAUGUUCCGCAUACGAAAGUAUUGCAAGUUUCUUCCAACCCCUUUUCACUCUUCAGCUAUGUAGCCAAUAUGUUGUCCAAAUUCGUACACCCAUCCACACGCACAUCAUAUCAAAUAUGUAGUAGUAAUAGUAGCACGUUGUUCA